UCCCCAUAAAUAUCCAGACAAAAAACAUUGAAUAUAAUCUCUAGCUCGAUGAAGGAUGUUGUAAACAAAUGUUUUAAAAGCUGAAUGUUAACUAGUGCAAACCAGGCUAAAGGAUUUUAUGUUUGCAAAAAGAAUUUACCGCUUCUAAGGAAUGACACUGCAGUGCAUCAGGGAAAAUCGAUUACUUUGACAUUGGACAUGAACCAUACAAAAUGACAAAUGUUAAAGACAGUUCACCGGGGAUGCAGAGACCGCUUAAUGAUAAUUCAGUCCAAGUUCAAAGGUCAAAACUUGCAUCGGAAAGUGAAAGCAUUCCACCCGAGAAAACAGCCGUAGACGAGCAGAGACCGCUUAAUGAUAAUUCAGUCAAAGUUCAAAGGUUAAAGCUUGCAUCGGAAAGUGAAAGCAUUCCACCCGAGAAAACAGCCGUAGACGAGCAGAGACCGCUUAAUGAUAAUUCAGUCCAAGAUCAAAGGUCAAAACUUGCAUCGGAAAGUGAAAGCAUUCCACCCGAGAAAACAGCCGUAGACGAGCAGAGACCGCUUAAUGAUAAUUCAGUCCACGAUCAAAGGUCAAAACUUGCAUCGGAAAGUGAAAGCAUUCCACCCGAGAAAACAGCCGAAGACGAGCAGAGACCGCUUACUGAUAAUUCAGUCAAAGUUCAAAGGUUAAAGCUUGCAUCGGAAAGUGAAAGCAUUCCACCCGAGAAAACAGCCGUCGACGAGCAGAGACCGCUUAAUGAUAAUUCAGUCCAAGAUCAAAGGUCAAAACUUGCAUCGGAAAGUGAAAGCAUUCCGUCCGAGAGAACAGACGUCGACGAGCAGAGACCGCUUGAUUUUAAAUCAGUCCAAGUUCAAAGGUCAAGCCGUGCAUCGGAAAGUGAAAGCAUUCUACCCGAGAGAACAGACGUCGACGAGCUUAUAAAAUAUGAUUUUCGAAUAGACCAAAAAGACAUUGAACACUUUGGGCAAUGCAUCGAAUGCGUGAAAGCAAUCCCAGUCUUUUCUUAUGACGAUAUAGAAAUCGGAGAUCAUAUCACAUAUAACGGAAGAAUUUACGAUCAUCAUGCAAUUGUUUCGGCAAAAUUUGGAAAUGAAAAGAUCAAAAUAAUAGAGGCUACAAAUAGCUUUUCCGGGGCAGUAUUUGGUAUUUUCCCAUUUGGUAGGAAAGCAUUGAUAAAAGAAUCUGAAAGGUCAUUGGAUUUUACUAAAGACCGGAUUCAUGUCGUGGUAUACAAAAAACGAGUCUUCGAAAACAUCAAAGUAGCCAGCAGGGCAAAGGCUAUUUGCGAAGCUAAAGGUACAACUAGUAAAUACGACUAUCAUUUAUUGGAUAACAAUUGUGAGCAUUUCGCAACGUUUUGCGUCACAGGAAAGAAAUUUAGUUUGCAAGUUAUCAAAGUGGAACUGGUUGCCAGGCUCUUUGUACUUAAUGGAUUUGUUGGUUUGAGUGACGAGAGGAAACGCAACGAAUUUCUACAUGAGAGAAAACACAUUUGUAACAAAUGCUAUAAACUGAAUGAGCCCUUACUGAACGUGUCCACGAGACCUAUUACGUCAGCAGAUGACGUAGCACCUGGUGACAUCAUCAGAUUCUACUACUGGAAUUUACUCCACGAUGCAGUUGUCCUGGAAACAGAACAUUCCAACAAAACCUCAAUGAAAUGUCGAAUCGCCCAUUAUGCGUUUUGUGGUUUAUUUUCGCAUAGGACAAUUAAGGAUGAGGAGGUCACGCUGCCGUUUGAUGGCAGUCAAUGUGUUCUUGAAUACAAAACAACAGACUUUGAAGUGUACGAAACGGAAAAGGUAAUUGCAAGGGCAAGGUCAAGAGUAGGGGAACAACGUUUUGUGUUUUUCUCAAAUGAUACCAGCCAUUUUGCGCGCUGGUGUAAGUUGCCGAGAAUCAGACGUGGAUUUUCAGGACAAAGUGACAUCUGUGACCAGGCUGACGACAAUGAUCACGAUGACGUCAUUAGCCAUGAAAGUCUGAAGAUAAAUUGACGUUGUAGGGCAAGUUUUAUCGGAAUGUUCAAACAUACAAAAGGAUUCAUUCUUAUUUUUCAUUCCUUUAUGCAGUAUGAACGCUCGGUCGAUCUGUUCCUUGGAUUUUGCGUUCGUGUUUUACAUAUGCAUGGCCAAGGUCAUUCUUGCGAUACUCCGCCUACCGAGGUCACGAAAGGUCGAUCGGUUCAUGCAAAAUGAACGCAAAUUGUAUCGUUUAGAAAAUUUAGCGCGAGUGUCAAUUAAUAUGAAUUUACCAAACAUAUUUGCAAUCUCAUAUAAAACGACAGUGUAUCCUCUAGUACAUGGCAAUGAUCACAAAAUACUUUGUUUGGGAACAAAAUCUCAUUGAGCCAAAUACAGCCUAUCAGAAUGAUGUUUAUUAAUUAGUUUUAUUCCAUAGUAAUUGUGUUCAUAUUAGUUCAAGCGUUGUUUUGUGUACGUGAUCCUUAUGUAUUUUUUUGUAAAAUAUUGUCCUGUGCACUAUUUAAAUGCAGAGAUCAUAUAAGGCAUUACAAGUACAUUCGACCUUUACACUGGGAUUGCUAUCAGCCGAGAUGAUAUGUAAGGCCAAGUAAAAAGUAAUGUUCAGUUUAUCGGUCUCUGCUGCUUAAGUUUGUACGCCCCGCUUCAUUUUGUUCUAAUGCAAAACAUAGUCGUUAUACCGUAUUUCAACCAAAUAUAAAAAAGUAAAAUAUUAUUGGACUAUUUCAAUUUUCUGCAGUCCAAAAAUUAGAAAUGUGUAUCGGAUAUUGCAUUAAUCAAGGCCAGAUUUGCUUGACAUUAAAAAAACAACAUGCUUUUAGCCAGGGAAUGUCGUUUGAGGAAGCACUAUGGAUAUGUCAUCAACAUGCACUUACAAAAAUUCGUAAAAUUGAAUGUAAGUGCAAGUUUCCGCCGAGAAAGUGCUUUCAAAUUCCUGUGUAAGAUAUAGCAAUAUUGAACAACGUAGCGGCUACUUUUGUUUUAUUUUAUUAGUGUUUAAUUUCGUAGGUUGUUAUUUUAUUAUACAAGUUUGUGUUUUAUUAGAACAAUAGGGUAUGAUCAUAAAUUUCAAAAAUCUUG